GCGCCGAGCGACCGCCCCGGCAUCCGGAGAGCCCGCGGCCGCGGCCAUAGAGCGGCGGAAGCGCGGGCAGAGCGUCCCGCCCGCAGGACAGCGCCAUGGCCUCCCGCGGGGGUCCCCGCGCCCCCGGCACUGACGGCAGCGACUUCCAGCACCGGGAGCGCGUGGCCUCGCACUACCAGAUGAGCGUGACCCUCAAGUCGGAGAUCAAGAAGCUGAUCUACACGCACGUGGUCAUCUGGCUGCUGCUGCUGGCCCAGAUGUGCGUGGGGCACCUCAAGUUGCUGCCCCACGACCAGGUGGCCAUGCCCUACCAGUGGGAGUACCCCUACCUGCUCAGCAUCCUGCCCUCCCUCCUUGGCCUGCUCUCCUUCCCCCGCAACAACAUCAGCUACCUGGUGCUCUCCAUGAUCAGCACUGGCCUCUUCUCCGUGGCUCCCCUCAUCUAUGGGGCCAUGGAGAUGUUCCCCAUGGCGCAGCAGCUCUACCGCCACGGUAAAGCUUACCGCUUCAUCUUCGGCUUCUCGGCCGUCUCCGUCAUGUACCUAGUGGUGGUGGUGGCCGCGCAGGUGCAUGGCUGGCAGCUCUACUACAGCAAGAAGCUACUGGACUCUUGGUUCACUAGCACGCAGGAGAAGAAGAAGAAAUGAGUGGGAAUGGGUGGGCUCCAUGAGGUGCUGAAGCUCUGCAGCUCAGUCCUGUGGGGCAGCGCUGGCGCAGCUCCGGUGGGUGGGGGGCCCCCGGGGACCAAGCUAUGGGUGUCUGACCCAUGCCACUACCCCGGGCUCGCAUGUAACUUGGGGGGGAAGAAUCCCCGAGGGCUGGGGCCGUGGAGGGUUCCCUGGGGUACGUUCCCCUUCUUCUUCGUGUUGUUCUAUGGAAAUAAAGCACCGUCCGUGCUCCCA